CGAUAAGGUGUAAUCUGAUAGGUAAUAAAAAUUGAGGAGACCGCAGGAUUGAUCGUAGUUUCACUUCAUUGUCAGUGCAAACAUGGCCGGUCAAGUGCAAUUGGCUUUCUUAUUGGUAUUUGCUGUGUUUGUACACAGCGAUGCCGCAUCCCUAGGCGAACAAAGCCCUCCCGUCAUUCAACCACUAGAGUAUUCUGUAGUCUUGGAUGAGCAAUUUGAUCGUCAAGUGUCGCACUUGCGGGCGUUCAUCUUGAAGAAUGGAUUGGACCCUAUGGAUGUCAUCGAUAUGUCUGAACCUCUUCUACCGGAUAUGCCUGGGAUUUUCAAGGGACAAGUUGAUCUCAAGCAAGGCUGGGUGCAGAAUCUAUCGAAAAUAAAACGCGCCGGCCACGUGAUCGCAAAGUACUCCGACAAGAUAUUAGUCUUGGACAUGGACCUGGGAUUUGAUGUUAUGGACUUCAACUACGCGUACCAUAUAAAGUACUUGUUAUUUGAGAGAAGCGGCGAUUUGUACGGCCGUUUCUACAACCUCAAGACUAAGGUUCUGGUGACGAUUGAUCUGAAUGACUAUCACAUUUCUCUCGACUCCAUCAAGUUCACUGAAGUUGGGAAAUAUGACAUCAAAUUCGAGGGUCAUCUUCUGGAUCCCAUAUUAAACGUGGCGACUAAAGUAGUCACGACGGUUUUCAAGAAAUUCGUGCUGGCAUACAUCGAGGAACAUACCAUGAUAGUUGUCAGAGCUAAAUUAGACGAAAUCAACGGAUUGAUACCGCACCCCAACAAAGCGGAACCGAAUAUGAAUAUUAAGGAUAUUGAUACAUUUGACAUCAAGAUCAAUACUUUAGACUUAUGAGUCGAUUAAUCUUCGCAGUUUCGCCGGGUGCUCAUUAUUCCAUAUGUCACAAUUCGAAGAAAAGUCAUUACCAAAUGUUGCUCAUAAUUUUUUAAUACAAAUGCCAAUAUUUAGUGGAUAUUACUAAGAUAAUCGCAUGUAUUUCAUGAUUAAAGUAUGACAAUUAAAAAAUUGCCAUACUUCUCGCAAAGUUAAGUUUCUAAAAGUGUACAGCCUAAUUUUAUCAGUCUAUGGCAGCUAGAUUAUUAAUUUAACUAAAAUUAAAAAAUAUGUAUAAUGAAUCAACUUGUGUUGGACAAGCAACUGAAUAAAGCAUGUAAGCUUUCGAGAA